AUGCCAAUUGCCCCCCGAAUUUUAAAUGGACCGCCAUCUUCCGCCUCUUCAGAAAGAAACUGGUCUUUGCACGGCCUCAUACAUACAAGCAAAAGAAACAGAUUGACACAGGAUAAAAUUCAGAAGCUGGUUGCUAUUCAUUCUAAUUUUAUAAACGAAAAACAGACAUUCAUUUACGAUGCUAGACCAGUUCCACUUUUAGGAGACACUGGCAAAGAUUAUGCUGUUUUGUCUGUCCAUGAAGACGAAGCGGAGAUCGAGUCUCAAUCAGAUGCUUGGUCUGAAGAUUCAAACUUAGACUCAGAUGAAAAUGUACCUUUGAGCGCUUUGGUUAAAUAA